UUGUGCGGACCGUCUUUGUCUUGCAGAAAGGACAGCAAGGCGUCUUGUUAGGGUUGUCCCUUUGCCAGACUUGGAACCAGCUCCUGAUGCAAGACUCGUGGAAGAGAUGGCCGCACUUGGGCAGCAUACUCCAUGUCGUGCUCGGCGGCUCUGUGUCCUGACAGAUCGUGCAUGUCACCUGACACGAGUAGACCAUGCCUCAGUGGCAACCCACGCCAGCGCGCCAGCAGAGCCAAACAGAAAGAAAGAAAGAGCUACGCGCGACUGGCCAGACUGGCUGCCACCAAAGUCAAAGCUUAAGCGCCAAGGGGCAGUCCCUGCUCGAGCAGGAUGCAGACGCUGCCCAUCACACGGUGUAGGACAGACGGCUUUGCAGGCUACGCGCUCGCCUGGUCGCCCUUCUUCCCCGGCAGACUAGCCCUUGCUUCCUCUCAGAAUUUUGGCCUCGUCGGCAAUGGCCGGCUCCAUCUGCUCGGUUACCAGCCCCAGACUCGUCAGCUCGGCGUAGAGAAGGCGUUUGACACGCAAGACGGCCUUUACGACCUUGCAUGGUCUGAAACUCACGAGAAUCAGAUCGUGUCAGCUUCUGGAGACGGCAGCAUCAAGCUUUGGGACAUCGCACUCAAUGACUUUCCGAUACGCAAUUGGCACGAACAUCAGCGAGAGGUGUUCUCCGUCGAUUGGAACAACCUCGACAAGAGCACCUUUGCCUCAUCAUCCUGGGAUCAUACCAUCAAGCUCUGGCGCCCUGAGCUGCCGCACUCACUACAAACCAUCCCAGCACACUCAGCCUGCGUCUAUGCAGCGCUCUUUUCGCCUUCUCAGCCUCAGACGCUCGCUUCCGUAUCUUCCGAUGGCUUCCUCAAGGUCUGGGAUCUCAACUCGCCUACGGCUGCAUCUGGGAACGCGAGCUUAGCGAUUCCAGCUCAUCCGACCGAGAUCUUGUCUCUCGACUGGAACAAGUAUCAGCCAUUCCUGGUUGCGACAGGCUCAGUAGAUCGGACCGUGAAGAUACACGAUAUCAGGAAAGCGUCCAGCGCAAUGUCAACUCCCACGGCUAUGCCAGGUCAAGCUUGUGUGGAGACUUUGCUUGGACACGAUUAUGCUAUACGCAAAGUAGCCUGGUCGCCUCACUCUGCAACAUUGCUGGCUAGUGCAUCGUAUGACAUGUCUGCACGAAUAUGGAAUGCUCAGUCGCCAGGCACAAUUGGACAGCCUCCACAACUGCAAUGGUCUGGCAAAUCUGCGCAGAGUACAAAUCUACGCAAAGUCCACACAGCUCAUACCGAGUUCGUCGUCGGAUUAGCUUGGAGCUUAUAUGAGGACGGCCUCAUCGCGUCGUGUAGUUGGGACACUGAAACGCAUCUGUGGCCGGUCAGGUGAGCAGACAUUCGGAUGCUCUGU